UUUUUCUUUUUUUUAAACAUCAUCUACAUUUUGAAUUAAACAUGGAAAAGUUCAAGGAGAAACUCGCUACCCUUCGUGCUGAAGUUGAUACUGCCACUAAGCGUGCCACCGAGUUGGAGGAAAAGGCCAAGGCACUCGAGGCUGAGCAUGAUCAAAAAGAUAACGAGUUAAGUAACCUUCAAGCUCGUGCUAAGGAGUUGGAAGAGUCACUUGAAACUGCUGAAGCCAACUUGAAGCAAGCAACCACCGAUUUCCGUGAGGCUGAUUUACGUGCUGAACAACUUGGUAAGAAGGCUGUCAAGAUUCAACAAGAAAUCGCUGUUUGGGACAAGAAGAACGCUGAUUUGGAUGCCAAAUACCAAGAAGCCAAGGCUGAGAUGGAUGAGUUGGAAGGCCAAAUGGAAGGCGUGUAAAUAAAGAUAACCCCCCACCUCUUUUUCUUCUCUUAUAAAACAAGAAAAAAUAAAAAAAACUUAGUUCAUAA